AUGCUUGACUUUGAACAAGAUUUUUAUAAGUUUGUUAAAGCUUAAUUAGACAAAAAAAAAGGGAUCAAAUAGAAUGGAACAGAUGAAUCAUCUGAUGAAGAAGAGACACUAAAGAGUAAUUUUAUAUCUCUUAUAAAGAAAAUAGGUUAGUAAGUGAGAAUAUCAAUAAAGUACUAUAAAAUGAGAGAAAAAAGAUGAAAAUCAGCAAAAUAACUAAGGAGUAGCAUUUUGAGAAAAAAAUGAAAGAUUUUACAAAUAUGGAUACAUUUAUUGAUGUUAAACAGUUCCUUAAAAAUCUUAAUGAUUAAUAAAAGAAAAAAACCCAUAAAAGGGUGUUUAAAUCAUUCAAACGUAGUUCUUCAGAUAGUGAUAAUGAUGAUUUAUUUGAUUAUGCAGAAAUUGUUUCGAAAAGUAAAAAAUACAUUGCAAAAUCUCAAAAGUACAGGACUAAACCAAAUAUUUAGGGCUACCUUCAAUUUGAAGAAUAACAACUAUAAAAAAUGGAAAAAAUUGAAGAGGGAAGAACUACAAAUGAAAAAUUCUAUACUGGAAUUGAUAAAUUAAUAACAGAUAUUAAUCAAAAAAAUGCUUAAUCUGAAAUAGAUAAAUAAUAUGAAAAAGAGAAAAAAAGACAUAGAAAUUCUAUGAGUUUAGAAUAAUAAAUACCAUAAGUUGUCCAAUUAGAUUUUGGAAAAGAUGAACUAACAAUUAAAGCAGGAAAGAAAUUCAAAGAAUAAUCUUAAAAGGUUUUAUAACUUCUUGAGAAAACGACAAAAAUGUUAUAUAGAAAUAGGAUGCCACAACCUCCAAAUCCAAAAAUCUUAAAACAAUAAUAAUAAUAAUUGAAAGAAUUGAAAUAACAUCCUACAUCUGUUGAGAUUAGAAGUUCUAAACAAAUCCUUACUAAAAGUCGUAGUAUAAGUAAAGAUAAUAAAUUGCCCACAAUAAAUGGUCAAAACAAAGGUUAGAAUGUAAAAAGGAUCACUCCCUUACAUUAAUUGAGUCAUGCAACCUUGCCAGAAAUUAAGCCAUAAUCUUAUGUGUCUCUAAGAGAAGAGAAAAAUCUAGAGGAUUUACAUUACUUUAAAAGUUAAAAUUUAAUUAAAUAAAACUCUUCACCCAAUAAUUUUAGUCAUCAUAGCCUAAGCUUUGAUGUUAAAAAUUAGAUUUGUGACUUUAUUACUUAAGUAAUUUUUAUCAUAAUUUAUUCUAGUUGGAUAAUGCUUAAGAAUAAUUCUAAAAAAUGUAUCCUUCAGAUUCUUAAUUAUAAAAAAUAUAGAAUAAUAUGAGUAGAAAAAUGAAUAAAAUUGGUAAAACUCCUUUAGAAAGUUUAAAAUUUUUAACUAGAAGAAAAUUUAAUUUUUCUAGAAAAUUUGAGUUAAGAAGCAAAAAAAAUUAAGCACAUCAAAAUUUUUGA